AUGCCGGGCACAGCAAGGCAUGACCGAGAGAUGGCAAUCCAGGCCAAAAGAAACCUGUCCAAAACCACGGACCCCGUAGAAAGACUUCGCCUGCAGUGUUUAGCAAGGGGAUCUGCAGGCAUCAAAGGACUUGGCAGAGUAUUCCGGAUUAUGGAUGAUGACAAGAGCAGGACCCUUGAUUUCAAGGAGUUUGUGAAAGGAUUAAAUGAUUAUGCUGUGAUGAUAGAUAAGGAAGAAGCACAAGAGAUUUUCCGGAUAUUUGAUAAAGAUGGCAGUGGAACAAUUGAUUUUGAUGAAUUUCUUGUUACACUGAGACCUCCCAUGUCAAAUGCAAGAAAAGAGAUCAUCAUGCAGGCAUUUAGGAAGUUAGAUAAGACUGGAGAUGGUGUCAUAACAAUUGAAGACUUACGGGGGGUGUAUAAUGCAAAGCAUCAUCCCAAAUACCAAAAUGGAGACUGGACAGAAGAUCAAGUUUUUAGGGCCUUUCUGGAUAAUUUUGAUUCACCCUAUGACAAAGAUGGGAAGGUCACAACAGAAGAAUUCAUGAACUACUAUGCAGGAGUCAGCGCUUCAAUAGACACAGAUGUCUAUUUUAUCAUCAUGAUGAAGAAUGCUUGGAAACUCUGA